CUGCACCGCGUGUGCGAUUCGUCUGUGAAAAAAUGGAUUGGCGAGAACCAUACACCAUACACCGACUGAAACCAAAACGAAGCACGCAAGAGUACUGUCUCCGCGGGUCUCGUCGCCCACGGGAACGCACAGCUUCCACAACGCAAAUGCUUUGACAAGAGCAUCUGCCACUGGACGGCGGCGGCGACGACGACGACGACGAUGACGAUGCUGACAUUAGCCGCCGUUCCUCCGCCAAUCGCCGCCAGUGCCAGGGCUGACGCGUUCCCUCCCUUCCUUCCCAAAGAGGUGGAGAAUAUCAAGGAUUCUUACGCUCGCAAACUCGCCUCUCGCAUCGAGAGGCUUCCCGUGAACUUCUCAGACAACUGCAUCAUGAGCAGCUGUGUGAAGCCACUAGUAAAAGGAGAGACUAAUCCGGUGGUCCUGCUACAUGGUUUUGACAGCUCCUGUUUAGAAUGGAGAUACACAUAUCCAUUGCUUGAGGAUGCUGGUCUAGAGACUUGGGCCAUUGACAUUCUUGGUUGGGGUUUCUCUGAUCUAGAACAACUUCCAGCAUGCAAUGUGGCAAAUAAGUGCAACCAUUUUUAUCAGCUCUGGAAGUCCUACAUCAAGAGGCCAAUGAUAUUGGUUGGGCCAAGCCUUGGUGCUGCUAUUGCAAUCGAUUUUGCAGUCAUCCAUCCAGAGGCAGUUGAAAAGCUAGUUUUGAUUGAUGCCAGUGUAUAUGCUGAAGGCACAGGGGAUAUGGCGAACUUACCUAGAGCUAUUGCCUAUGCUGGUGUAAGUUCUACCCCUGAAGGAUUCAAAACUUCAUUUGUAUCCAUAUUGAAGAGCUUUCCUCUCCGCUUCUAUGUAAAUGUUUUGGCAUUCAGUGGUCUUCCACUCAGCACCAACUUAGAUUGGACUAAUGUCGGGAGGCUGCAUUGUCGGUAUCCUUGGUGGGAGGAUGCUUCAGUUGAUUUCAUGCUUAGUGGUGGAUACAAUGUGACCGACCAGAUUAAUCAGGUGAAGCAGAGAGCACUCAUCAUAUGGGGAGAGGAUGACAUAAUUGUCAGCAACAAAUUUGCCGUGAGACUGCAUGAUGAGCUGCCGAACUCAAUUCUUCGCCAGAUACCAGACUGCGGCCAUCUUCCUCAUGUGGAGAAGCCAAACAUCGUCGCCAAUUUGAUAGCUGACUUUGUGCAGGAAGAUAGCACUAAAGAAGCUGAAUUUGUUUCUCUAAACUGAAAUUUAUUCGCCGCCGUUAGCUCUUAGAGAAUUGGUUGUCUUCAUCACAGGGAUCAUCGGCGACAUACGGUAUUCCGCCGCCUCUAAAUCUAUCAUUUCUGCAACCUUACUUAAUUA